UCCACAACUUAUCAUUUUCAUGGCCAUCAUGCAUUCUGCUGCCGUGGAGGCGGCGGCGGCAGCGACGGAGCACCAGACGAACGCCGGAGUGGUCGUCGGCGGUGGGGGGUGGCUGGCUGGUUGCUGGGCGCGGCUGCGAGCGCUGCUUGAGAUGGUCGGGCGAUGGGUGGCCGGGUUCGCGAGGAAGGUGGCGGGCAUCGCCGCCGACGACCCGAGGAGGGUGGUGCACUCGCUCAAGGUCGGGCUGGCGCUCACGCUGGUGUCCGUGCUCUACUACGUGACGCCGCUCUUCAAGGGCUUCGGGGUGUCCACGCUGUGGGCCGUGCUCACCGUCGUCGUCGUCAUGGAGUACACCGUCGGUGGCACGCUGAGUAAAGGGCUGAACAGGGCCUUCGCGACGCUGGUGGCGGGGUUCAUCGCCGUCGGGGCUCAUCAGGUGGCCAACCGCUGCGGCGCACAGGGAGAACCGAUACUACUCGCCAUCUUCGUCUUCUUACUAGCGUCGGCGGCGACGUUCUCGCGGUUCAUCCCGGAGAUCAAGGCGAGGUACGACUACGGGGUGACCAUCUUCAUCCUGACCUUCAGCCUGGUGGCCGUGUCGAGCUACCGGGUGGAGGAGCUCAUCCAGCUCGCGCACCAGCGGUUCUCCACCAUCGUCGUCGGCGUCGCCACCUGCCUCUGCACCACCAUCUUCGUCAUGCCCGUCUGGGCCGGCGAGGACCUCCACAAGCUCACCGCCGGCAACCUCGACAAGCUGGCGCAGUUCCUCGAAGGAAUGGAAAUUGAAUGCUUUGGAGAAAACGCUUCCGCUGAGAAUUUGGAGGGCAAAACCUUUCUCCAGGCGUACAAGAGCAUACUUAAUUCAAAGGCCACUGAAGACUCUCUGUGUAACUUUGCCAAAUGGGAGCCUGGUCAUGGCAAAUUCAGCUUCAGACACCCUUGGAGCCAAUACCAGAAGAUCGGAGCUCUUUCUCGCCAGUGCGCUUCCUCUAUGGAGGCUAUGGCUUCAUAUGUCAUCACACUGACAAAAUCUCAGUAUCCUGAAGCAAAUCCUGAGCUGUCCCUGAAAGUCCGAACAGCAUGCGGUGAGAUGAGCUCACACUCUGCUCAGGCCCUCCGAGAGCUCUCAGCAGCAAUUCGAACAAUGACAGUGCCAUCUACAACCAAUAACUCCAUGUCUGCAGCCAUCAAAGCUGCCAAAGCCCUUAGGAGCGAAAUAUCAGAGGAUAAAGCUCUGCUGCAAGUGAUGCAUGCGGCCGUUACUGCAUCACUUCUUUCAGACUUGGUUACACAAGUAAAGAAAAUUGCUGAAUCUGUUGACAACCUAGCACGGCUUGCCUGCUUCAAAAUACCUGAAAAAUCUCAGAAAGACGUGGUCGUGGUCAUCAAUAUCAUGAGUUGACAGAAAGGGAACGUCAGGAGCACCAAUACUAAAUGGAACAAAUUAGUACGGCCUGCGAUUUUAUUGUGUACAGAGCAAGUGACUAAUUCUUCGAUACUAGAAGUAAUUAUGAUGCUGAACUGUAAUAAUAAAACGUUGCAGGCUUCUGUAACAAAAACUACUAUAAGCAGAUAUAUAUAAAUGGACGGUUUUCUUCU